UUUUGGGUAGAAAAGCAUGCAGAGUAAUAGAUUGAUGACUCUCAAACCUUAGUGUGCGUCAGAGCCACUAGAAGGGCUGGUUAAAACAGAUUGCUGGGCUCUACCCCUAGAGUUUGACUCAGUAGCUCUAAGGUGGAACCCGACAAUGUGCAUUUCUACCCUUUCCGUGUGAUGUUGCCGUUGCGGUUCUGGGGACACUUUGAGAACCACUGUAAAAGGUGGAGCAGCGGGGGCGGGGAGACGGAGGGAAAGUCGGGCCGAGUCCUGGGCCGCCCCCUGCCGGGCACCUCCCUCCCCGCCCCAGGGGCGUUCCCGGCUGCUGCGACGAUCCUAACGGGCUCCCACGGCGGCUCCCGGCGCCCCGCCCUCCCCGGGCCCGCCCCGGGCUCCAUCUUGCCACCGACUGGGUUGGGCUGUGACGCUGCUCGCCGGUGUCAGGGGUCGGUGCCGGGGCCUGUGGGCCUCCCUGGUGGCUGGCGACUCGACGUGCGCGUCUCGGGACCCCGGCUGCCCGGUGGGCGCGCUGUGCGGUGGGAUGGGCGAGGCGGCCGGCCCGGCGGACAGGAAGCGGGAAGUCCUGUUGGCCAGUUCUCUGUGGCGUCCGUCUGUCCGGAGGAGUGA